UGUGAGCUUCCGUUCUGCAGCGAUAUACUCUGGCUGGGGUGGAGACUCACUCGACUCUCUCUGGACAAAAUCCAUAGGACUUGCUCGCGUUGUAGUGUUUUAAACUCUGCAGUAUCGCUGGUUUCUGCACAUUCAAUCGGACAUUUUUGCCACAUUUUGGCAGACUAUCCAAUUUUUUUUCCUGUUACCACGCGUCGUGGUAUCUAAUUUUUAUAGUAUUUAAUUAUUUGUUGUCUGUAAAGAGAGAUCUUUUUAUAUAUUUAUUUCUGCCUACGACGAGCUCUCAUUCAGGCGAUCUCUGUGUUUUCGUACAGAACAAGUCUGGACUUGUCGUUGAAGCUGUUUGAUAAAAUAAAAUAUUAUUUAUAAAGUAUUUAUUUGUAAAGUAACUACGCACAUUGAUAAUUGUAAACAUGGAUCAAGUAGGAAUCGCUGCCAAAGAAAAGACAGAUUGUGUUUGGAAGAGUCCAUGGGGGGCUCCUAACAAAAUGACCAGCCCUUGUUCUCUUGCUGAUGUGAUGAGUGAACAGCUGGCUAAGCAACUGCAGCUUGAUGAGGAGAAUUUAGGUUUCUCAAGCAAUGUUGAUGUAAAUGAACCUCUCAUUACUGGAGAUAAUAUUGACACGGCCAGUGACCUGAUGUUGGCCAAGAUGAUGCAGAUGGAAUUUGACCGGGAGUUUGACACGCAGCUCCGUCGCGAGGAGAAGAAAUUGAAUGGGGAAAGCAAAGUGUCUGUUUCCUUUGAGAACUAUCGAAUGGUGCAUCCCUAUGAUGACAGCGACAGCUCAGAGGAUGAAGUUGACUGGCAGGACACUUGCCACGACCCCUAUAGACCUGAUAAACCUACUACCACUCCAAAGAAGGGCUUUGUAGGCAAAGGCAAAAACAUCACCACAAAACACGAUGAAGUUGUGUGUGGCAGAAAGAACACGGCGCGAAUGGAGAAUUUUGCACCUGAAGUCCAAGUCGGGGAUGGGGUUGGAAUGGACCUACAGCUUUCUAACCAGGUCUUCAAUGCCUUAAAGCAGCACUGCUACUCUGAGCAACGCCGCAGUGCCAGGCUGCAUGAAAAGAAGGAACAUUCAACUGCUGAACAUGCUGUGGAUCCAAAGACACGUCUGCUGAUGUACAAAAUGGUAAAUGCUGGUACCCUGGAAUCUAUCAAUGGCUGCUUCAGCACAGGAAAAGAGUCUGUUGUUUUUCAUGCUAAAGGAGGAAGCAUUGAUGACAAAUCAGUCCCAGAAGAGUGUGCAAUCAAAGUUUUCAAAACUACUCUGAAUGAAUUCAAGAACCGGGACAAGUAUAUCAAAGAUGAUUACCGAUUCAAGGACAGAUUCAGCAAGUUGAACCCCCGAAAGAUCAUUCGUAUGUGGGCUGAGAAGGAAAUGCACAAUCUGGCCAGAAUGCAAAAGGCAGGAAUCCCUUGCCCGGAAGUGGUUAUACUCAAGAAACACAUUCUGGUCAUGUCUUUCAUUGGAGAGAAACAAGUCCCAGCCCCGAAGCUGAAGGAGAUAAAGCUCAGUAGUGAGGAUAUGAAACAGGCCUAUUACCAGGUGCUACAUAUGAUGCAGCAGUUGUAUCAAGAAUGUAAUCUUGUUCAUGCAGAUCUGAGUGAAUACAACAUGCUUUGGCAUGAUGGGAAGGUUUGGCUGAUUGAUGUGAGUCAGUCAGUGGAGCCCACUCAUCCUCAUGGGCUUGAGUUUCUUUUCAGGGACUGCAGAAAUGUCUCCUCGUUUUUCCAAAAAGUUGGGGUGUCUGAAGCAAUGAAUGAACAUGAGCUGUUUAAUGCAGUCUCUGGCUUAAACAUUACAGCAGACAAUGAGGGAGAAUUCAUUGCCAAGAUUGAAGCUUUGGAGAAGAUGAAUGAAGAUCAUGUGCAGAAACGUGGCAAAAAGGCUCCAUCCUAUCAUAGUGACGAUUGGGGUCCACCAAUGACUAAUAGUGGUUGAAUUUUGUGUAAAGAGUUGCAGUAGUAAUCUGAUAAAGAUGGGUGUUUUGUAACAAAAUCUUUAAUAAGAACAAUGAAUGGUCAGUAAAUCAAGGGAGAUUAUGGAAUAGAUUGGGUUAGGGUGGUGGAAAUAAAAUGCAUACAAUUGUAUGAUCAGCAUCUUGGAUUUUUUUUACCAGGCAGUCAUAUAGGUGCCUGUUUUGAAUCUUGCUAUCUCUGGCAUCACAUUUAAUUGCAAUGGUAGAAAAAUAAAAGUACAGUACACCUUCGCUAUAACGCCCUUCGUUAUAACGAACCUUCGGCUAGAACGAACCUGGCCCCUGGAACCCAAAUUUAAAAAAAAAAAAAAACUAAAAAAGAUCAUAUAAACGCACACUGUCAACAUCUCCGUCUGUACGCACAGGAUGCCACCUCCGCAGUGAAGUCAACUCUCUUCAUAAAAAAACAUGCGCUGUGUAACUGUGCGUCCGAAACUAAACUAAUUUUAUGUUGCAUCAAAGCUGGAAACUAUAUUGAUUGUUUGAAAAAAGGAGUAACGCAGGAAUAUCUCUGUCAUGAAUAUAGGUUGUCAAAAACCACUUUAUUGGCUUGUUAAGCAACCAUGCGUCAAAGCAAAGUUGAUUAAAGAAAAAAAAAGAAAAAAACUUGAGGAUCUGAUAAACUUUUCAUGUCGGGAUGAUUUGGAAUAAAAGCUCAGUUUGGCAUUCUUGCGUGUUGGAUUAAGAUUUGGUGCACUUUGAAACGAUUCAUGUCAGAUUGAUUUUGAAUAAAUGUUCAGCUUCAAUUCAGGAUUUGUGCUUUCUGUACUGCGUUUUAAUUCUUUAAUGAACAGGAUGAAACAAAGGCAGAAUACUGCAUACAUGAGACGAACCGGUACAUGUAAUUCACUUGUAUUCACAAUUUCAUCUCAUUAACUUACUCCAGCAGUUUAUCCUACAUUUUAAUUGUCCUUUCGCUAUAACGAACCCCUCGAUAUAACGAACAAAAAGCUUGGACCCCAGCAGGUUCGUUAUAGCAAGAGUGUACUGUAUUCGAAAUUCUAAACUUUUUAUACUGUUCAGUUUAUUUUGCCUCCAAGGUAUUUAAAAACAAAUAGGACAACACACAAUACAGAUGCCUUUGGAAUUUAGCAUCAUCUACUGUUUGUCAGACUACCACAUUUUAGUAAUAUCCAUGUGUCUGUGUGCAGUUGUUGCAAUUUCAAAUUGUGCUAGAACAUGACUUAAAAGAUAAAAUACUGAAACAAUUGCCAAAUACAAUGGAAAGCUUAGCAUUAAAUAAUACAUGAUAGCUAAACAAAAGCUGUGACAUUGUCAUCGUUGUUGUUUUGGUCUUUGGUGCUUUUAUUAGUGUUAACGAUGGUUGUCCGUUGAAUACACUGAAUACGAUGUUCCCUGUGGAAGAUGUGUCCAUUUGCACUGAAAGAGCUGUUUGUGUUAUUGCCUGUAAUCAUUAAAAAGUAUAGAAAGAAUUAUCAUAAAA